AUGGCUGGUGCACCAACAUGCUAUGCUACUACGGGGACGGCGUCGCAACUUUUUGCGUCAGCAAUAAAUAUUCUGACAGCGGCGCAAUGUAUUGUACCUGACAUAAAGAGUCCAUACGAAACAUUACCUGAUCAGGACAUAUUCCAUUUCAUAAUUGUGGGAGGUGGAUCUGCUGGCAGUGUUGUGGCAAAUCGACUUAGCGAAAUAAAUAAAUGGAAUGUUCUGCUUCUUGAAGCUGGACCUGAACCACCCAUCGAAUCUGUUAUACCAAAUCUAGAACGUUCAUUAUAUAGAAGCAAAUAUGACUGGCAAUAUGCUACAAAAAGUGAUGGUAUCACGCAUCAAGGAUUACGAAAUGGUUCUGUUCGAUGGCCUCGGGGGAAAAUGCUUGGUGGUUCCAGUUCAAUAAAUGCGAUGUUCUAUGUUAGAGGAAACGAUCACGACUUUAAGUCCUGGUAUGACGAAGGAAAUCCAAGCUGGUCACCGGAAAAUGUUAAUACCUAUUUUAGAAAGGCAGAAAAUUUUCAAGAUAUGGAACUUAACAAAAAUCCUGAUAUAUAUAAUACGUAUGGUCACGAUGGUCCACUUGUGGUAAAUUCAUUUAAUUCAACAUAUGCAGAUACAAUACAACACGUUUUAGAUUCUUGGGAUCACAUUGGAGUAAAGCAGGUACCUGAUAUUAAUGCGGCAAAGUUUGAAGGACGUGGAUUAUGUUCAUUUUCAAGAGCGACUGCGGCAAAUGGACAAAGACAAAGUACAGACAGAGCUUACUUGAAUCCAGCUAACAAUAGACAUAAUCUUAAAAUUGUUACAAAAGCUUUUGUGACAAAAAUAUUAAUAAACGAUGAUGCACAAGCGUACGGUGUAGAGGUUGAUAUUAAUGGAGAACAAAAAACAUUUUAUGCUGAUAUUGAAGUUAUUAUUAGUGCUGGAGCUAUAAACACUGCUCAACUUUUAAUGUUAUCAGGGAUUGGUCCUCAAAGACAUCUAUUGUCUCAGAAUAUAACAUGUAAAGUUGAUUUGCCUGUGGGUCAAAAUUUGCAAGAUCACCCCUAUCUUCCUAUUCCAAUUUGUGGGAAUAAACCUGGACCAGACAAUAAAGAUGAGAAAAUGUUCGAGGUUUUACAAUACUUUCAUGACAAAACCGGAUAUUUACAACAUGGCUCUAUGACAAAUAUGGCUGCCUUCUUUUCUAGAGAUGAAAACAUGACUUAUCCUGAGUUUCAAAGCCACUUUAUAUUAUUUCCACAGAACUCAACUACAGCUCGGCCGUUUUUUAGCGCUUUUACAGAUAAUGUGGCCGAUUCUAUAACAAAAUGUCACGCGGAUAAUGCUUUAUAUAUUAUUGCUUUGCAUAUUUUACAUCCAUAUUCAAGAGGAAAUAUUUCUAUAAUUUCGUCAGAUCCAUAUGAUUAUCCUGACAUUUUUGCUAACUAUUUAAGCGACGAAAGAGAUCUGCAGGCAUCAGCGGAUAGUAUUAAAAUAGCAACAACUUUAUUAGAUACACCCUACUUUAAAUCAAUCAACGGCUUUAUACCUAAAAUAAAUUUGCAACAAUGUAACAAAUACGAAUUCCUAAGUGAACGUUACUGGAAAUGUUACUCAAUACAUAUGACUCAAACAGUGUUUCACCCAAUAGGCACAGCAAAAAUGGGUCCAAAUCCAAAAGAUUCCGUUGUAAAUAACUUCUUAAAAGUUUAUGGCGUUAAAGGUUUACGUGUUGUUGAUGCUAGCAUAAUGCCGUAUGUAACUAGUGGUAACACUAAUGCACCCGUUAUAAUGAUCGGAGAAAUGGCGUCUGAUAUGAUAAAGGAUGAGUAUCUUUUUUGCUAA